AUGAGACUGAAAAUUAUAAAAAAUGAUAAAGAAAGAGUUAGAGUAGUCUGUGAAGGAAAAUUAGUUGUUUUGGAUCCACUUGGUCAAACAAAUUUGGGCCAAACUGUGAAGGAUGCAGGUGUAAGGCCAGUCAAUAAUCUAGAAGGGCUUUGGAAGCCCAAGUUGUUAAAAAAGAAUGUGAAUAAGGUAGCAGAUGGGCCUAGUGACACAAAUGUCCAAAAGAGUAAGCCCAAGAAGAAAAAUACAAGUGGGGAUGGGCCUAACCAAGUGGCAGACAAAGAUUCCCAUGUGAAUAAAGGAGGUAGAGGACACAAAACUAAUCCAGAUUUGUUUACUUGUCCAUGGACUAUACAUGUGUCCAAGAUCAAGGGAUCUGCUACUUGGAUGGUCCAAACAUGCAAGGAAGAGCACAAAUGUCUUCAAUCAAGAUCUAUUAAACAAUGCACAUCCACAUUUCUGGCCAAGAAUAUCAUUCAACAGAUUGAAGGUAAUCCUGACAUACCAGGGAGAGCAUUGCAAGAAGAACUCCAACAGAAAUUUAGGAUAGGUUUAUCAAAGCAAAAAGCACAGAGAGCUAAGAAAAGAACAAAAGAUGAGCCUACCAGAGUUUUCAAGAGAAGUUAUAUUUGUUUAGGAGCAUUAAAGAGGGGUUAUAAGUCUGCUGGUAGGGAGUUGUUGGGCCUUGAUGGGGCAUUUAUGUCUGGCCCUUUCCCAGGACAAGUAUUGACUGCAGUUACACUUGACUCAAACAAUGCUAUAUAUCCAGUGGCCUAUGUAGUUGUAGAAGCAGAAACCCUUAACUCUUGGACUUGGUUUUUAGAAUGCCUGGGAGAAGAUUUAGAUUUAGAGAGGAAUUCCAACUUCACUUUCAUAAGUGAUAGACAAAAGGGCCUCAUUCCAGCUUUAGCAAAAGUCUUUCCAUGUGCUGAACACAGGUACUGUGUAAAACACAUCCAUGAAAAUAUGAAGCUGCAAUGGAGAGGUACAACUUUUAAGAAUCAUCUGUGGAGGUGUGCAACUACAUCAACUAUCCAAGAAUUUACCAAGUACAUGCUUGAAUUCAAAAGAUUCAGUGAACCUGCACACAACUGGUUAGCCAAAAUCCCACUUAAACAUUGGAGUAGAUCACACUUUUCAGAGAGGGCUAAAUCUGAUGUGUUGUUGAACAAUAUGUGUGAGGUACUGAAUAGCAAGUUGGUUAAGGGUAGGGAGAAGCCCAUAAUAUUUUGUCUAGAGUUCAUUAGGGAGUAUUUGAUGAUAAGUAUUGGGAAUGUGUGUAAGGUUAUAGACAAGUCCACAGAUCAAUGUGUUGUUAAUAUUGAUGAAAUGAGUUGCACAUGUAGAAGGUGGGAAAUCACAGGAAUACCAUGCAAACAUGCAAUUGCAGUUAACUGGGAUAUAGUGAAUAAUCAAAUACCAGUUGAUGUGCCAGAGGCAUGGGUUGAUCCUAUUUAUAGAAUGACUACUUGGAAAUUUAUGUAA